AUGCAGAGUCGGAGGAGUCGAGGGGAGAGAGAGGGUUCGCUACUCUACCAGUCGUCCGCACGCGUGGGUGUCAAGCCGCCGUCGGACCGAAGUUCGACUUCGCAGAUGUUCGACUUCGCAGUCUCACAAGUCACAUCCUCCACCUCUCUCUCUCUCUCUCCGCCUACACCCUGCUUUAUCCGAAGCUGGGACAAAAACAAACAACAGGAGCAGAUCUCAUCACGCGGUCGUCGCACCGGACCUCACCUCCUCGCGGAGCAGUACGUUGACGAGGCAAGGUGGGAGGGAGUCGGUUUCGCUCACCGUGGCGUAUGGGUGAGGUGGUGGCAGGAUGGCGUAUGGGCGAGGUGGUGGCAGGAGGGAAGUGGGUCUUUUCGCCUCCAAAAUGCUGCGUCGUUGAUCUCAACUCAUGUCCGCAAAAGUAUACGGCUUUUCAACUUCGUAUCAAGCAUACGAGCCGGGUUCGAUGAGGGAGCCUGCAAACGAAGACGAAUUACCCGCCGCAAUGGCCGCGCCGCAUCCCAUGCCCUGUCUGCAAGCGCGAAGCGACAAGACCGCCGACAAGGACGAACGAUGAAUGACUGGGUCAUGACAAUCCUCAAAUCCUCCGCCGACAUCCAACCCCGCCGAGUGCUUGUCAUUAGCUGUCCUGUCCUGUCCUGUCCUGUCCUGUCCCUGACUGACUCCUCUACACAAUCCUACAAUCCUGAACUACUGCAUCCUCGCAUCUUCACUUCCAAAGCAACGCUCUUGAAAGCUCCAGUCCUCUACCUCAACCGCCAACCAUCAACCCUCACACUCCAUCUCAUCAUCGUCUUUCUCCAGCGGUAG